CCCCCAAUCCUGGUUAACCGUAAUGUUCUGCACCUUUCAGAUAGUUUCAUGACAAUGAAUCCAGAUUUCAAAUCAUCGUACACCGCUGCAGUUGUGUGUGUCAGUACACAAUGUUGGCCUGCUAUAGGAAAUGUAGUAUUGUACAGAUGCGGCUGUGUUUAGAAGCAGGACACGGUGACAGGAGUGUGAGUGUGGAAAAAGGGUCAUUUAUAAAGAGCUGUUCGUUCAUACAUGUAUUUACAGAAUCGACACUGUGGGUUAUUACACUAUUGGGCGACAGGGGGCAGUAUGUGCACAUUAUGCGGACCGUUCUGAGACUUUUCGUUUGGAGGAGCAUCCGCUUGGCCGCCAUGUUGAAUUUCGUGUAGUGUUUAACUUCGUGCUUUCAUCACGCUGUUUUCAAAUGAAUAAAGCGCUGAAGUGGGAAUAAUGGCGAACGUAGCAACAGCCAUGGCCGCGGUUGCGGGAAGAGACCCUGCUGUAGACCGCUCUUUAAGAUCUGUCUUUGUGGGGAAUAUCCCGUAUGAAGCAACAGAAGAGCAGCUGAAAGACAUCUUCUCAGAAGUUGGACUUGUUGUCAGUUUCAGGUUGGUAUAUGACAGAGAAACAGGAAAACCAAAAGGUUAUGGCUUCUGUGAGUACCAGGACCAGGAAACCGCACUCAGUGCCAUGCGCAACCUCAAUGGUCGAGAGUUCAGUGGCCGAGCUCUGCGUGUGGACAAUGCCGCCAGCGAGAAAAACAAAGAAGAGCUCAAGAGUUUGGGCACUGGAGCUCCCAUCAUUGAGUCACCGUAUGGAGACAGCUGCCCAGCUGAGGAGGCCCCUGAGUCCAUUAGCAGAGCUGUGGCUAGCCUGCCACCAGAGCAGAUGUUUGAGCUUAUGAAACAGAUGAAACUGUGUGUGCAGAACAGUCCUCAGGAGGCUAGGAACAUGCUCCUGCAGAAUCCACAGCUAGCCUAUGCACUGCUGCAGGCUCAGGUCGUCAUGAGGAUCGUAGACCCUGAGAUUGCCUUGAAAAUGCUUCAUCGGCAAGCUUCUGUGCCACCCGUAAACCCAAACAGCCAGUCGGGGCCUUUGCCAGUGUCUAACCAGCCUCAUGCUCAGCCCAGUGCGCCAGUGUCUCAGCCUCAGGCCAUGCCAGGAAUGCAUGUGAAUGGUGCUCCCCAGAUGAUGCCACCUUCUCAGAUGGGCGGUGGAGUGCCAGGGCCAAUGGCAGGACAGGGGCCAAUGCCGGGACAAGGCCCUAUGCCAGGACCGGGGCCUCUGGGACCAGGAGGUGGAAUGCAGCCUCAGAUGGGGAUCCCCCAAGGAGGCCCUGUUCCUAUGGACAGGGGUGCAGGAAACCUUCAGGACUCUCCUGUAGGAUCAUCUGGGCCGGCUGCUAUCGAGCGGCCGCAAGUGCCCAUGGUAGACCCACGGGCUCCUAUGCGAGGAGCCCCUCCAGGACCUCAGGGGAUUCCACCAAGAGGCCUGCUGGGUGAUGGUCCUAAUGAUCCACGAGGUGGAUCACUAGUAAACGUGGGAGGAGAAGUAGUGGAGCCCCGUGGUUAUAUAGGAGGCCCUCCACCGCACCAGGGGCCACCCAUGCAUAUGGCCCCUCCAGACAUGCGUGGACCUCAUGACAUGAGAGGAGCGCCCAUGUUGGGAGAGCCCAGAGGCCCUAUGAUGGAUCAGCGUGGUCCACCCAUGGACUCUAGAGCCCCAAUUCCUCCAGGCCGUGAUCCUCGAGCUGUAGAAACUCGGGGUCCUGUGGCAGGCCAGAGGGUUCCUGUAGCAGGUGGAAUGCAGGGUGCUCCUUCUCACGCAAUUCCAUCAAAUGCUCCCCCAUCUGCCCGACCUGGUCCUGCACCUGAGGUGUCCUCUCAAGAUCAUGAAAAGGCUGCUCUAAUUAUGCAGGUACUCCAGCUGACUCCAGAACAGAUCGCCAUGCUUCCCCCUGAGCAGAGGCAGAGUAUCCUCAUACUGAAAGAGCAGAUUCAGAAAACUGCUGGUGCCCCUUGAGGAUUCCGAAAAAGAAAAGUCCCCCCCCCUUUCCCCCCCCUUUCCUUUUUGCUUUGUCUGUCUUCCUUGUCUGUACCAAGUCUGUUCAUGUGAAAAGACAGAUUAUUUUCUGUUUCUGUGGGCGUGCAACAUGAUUUAACUGUUUUUGUUGUAAGCUUAACAUGCCAUUAUGGAUUUUUUUGUUUUUUUUGUUUCGGAGUGUUUCCACUGCUAGGAAUUUCUAAACCUUGAAACAAGUUUCUUCCUCUUGUUUUUAGGACUGAGAUAAGAAUACAACAUACCGUACCCAUACAGCAUACCAUACCCAUGUUUAUCUUCUCUGUUUGUCAUUGAAGGACUUAAGGCAUGUUAUUUUUGUUCAUUACAUGUUGCAGGGUUUUUUUUGGAGUGUAAAUAUAUAGUAAUGGGGCAACUCC